GUCGGCCCUCGUCUGCUCCUCUCCUCGUCCUUACAUCUGCCGCUUAUAUGCACCUGCCCCGCCAUACCCUCCAAUCUCAAACCGUCGCCCCAUCCUUCCUUGACGCACAAUUUGCUCCUUCUGCCCCCUCGUCAUCAACCUCAAGCAGCACCAGCAGCAACGCAGCUCCUCAGAUCUUUGGGUGUGCCACACGCUCGGGAUUCCUCAUUGGGCAGACCCAUCCGCUCAAGGUAGUCGCUAGAAGAGACUUUCCAUCCAAUCAAGGCGGAUUAUCCCAUGCGGUCCCUCUAGACGACUCCUCCCUGCUGAUCCUGGUGGGAGGCGGAAGGGUGCCCCGCUUUGCGCCCAAUAAGGUCGUGCUGUGGGAUGAGGCGGCGACGAUUGAGCCUGAAGCGGAGGCUCAGCAGCGUGGUGACGUGGAGGCGAAAGAAGAGGAAGAUGAGGAGCUAACUACGAGCCCGUGGACUUCGUCGUCGAGGACUGCUUCGACCCUCUUUGAUGCUGGAUCCGCAUAUGGUCGGGACCAGGGAGGGGCAAGCAACGCAGCUUCAAUUUCAGCUUCGACUGCUUCCUUGUCUGGAAGUUCGAGGAUGGGAUUGGCGGGCAUGAGGGACGAUGAUGAUGAUGAUGAUGAUGAACCGGCCGCUUCCCCGCCGGCAUCCAUGCUGUCCUCGACCACCGAAGGGCUCGAAGACCCUUUCUCUGAGACUGCAGCCACAGAAGCUACGCAGCCAUUAUCCUCCCAACAGUCAGCAGCAGCACCAGCGACAGCAACAGCAACAGCACCAGCACCAGCAUCACUCCCACGCACACAACGAACAGGUCGACCAGUCCUCGAGCUCGAGUUCGGCUCACCCGUCCGAUCAGUAUGCGUCCGCUCCUUCUCUCACCCUAGCACCGCCCGCCCAGCAGCACUCCUUGUCGUCGUCCUAGCAAAUCAGGCCGUCCUAUUUGAGAUGGGCGAGCAUUUGCCUUCGGGUACAUCGGUAGAGGAGGAGGAGAAAGACGGCUGGGGAAUCAUGUUCCGCACUUCGACGCCAGUGCUAGACGAUAAGAAGCAGGGCCUGGCAGAUAUGGUUGUCCUUCCGCAGCAAAGGGCGCUCCUCCUCGCCCUACCUGGUCGACAAGCGGGGCACGUUCAGCUCUUGCUCCUCUCCUUAAUCGUCCCGCGCCGCACGGGUGCCGGGGCGAGUCAGAGCACAAGCACAAGCACCUCCGGUCUACUGGCCUCGACAAUCAUUGCGGCUCACGAGGCUCCGUUGGCGCGGCUGGCCCUCGCCGCCAGCUUAUCUUUCGACCACAACACCGGCAGCGGUACCCUCCUCCUAGGCACGGCCUCACAGCGCGGGACAUUAAUCCGCGUAUGGUCCAUUUCCCUCUCCAUCCCAAGAGGCAAGACAGGGGGUAGCAACACGACACCAACAGCGAGUAGCGGGAUCAAAGCAUCCCUACGAAGCGAGCUACGCAGGGGGAGCGAACAGGCCGGGAUACUCAGUAUGGCCUUCGCGCCUGAUUUGGGCACAUUAGCAGCCGUUAGCGAUAAGGGCACGAUUCAUUUCUUCGACUUACGUGAACCCGACUCUUACAACUCCACCGGCUCAUCGCCUCGCCGCUCACCCUCCUUGUCCGCUCAACCUUCCUCGCACCUCCACCCGCUCGCCACCACCCUGGAUCGUCUGGCCAAACGUCUUCCGGACAGGAUGUUCCCGCAAUACGUGUGGUCCACAUGGAGCGUAGCACAAUUUCGCAUCAAGUUACGACCUUUCCCCGCUUUCAGCUUGGAGUCGCCGCGGGAGCGACUUCGUGGCGAGAGGGGAAUGCGCGCCCAUGCUGCGCAAGGGGGGAGCGAGGGUGGCCAGAGGGAGAGGGAGAGGAUGACGGGAGGACUAGGAGGAGGCGGAGGUGGUGGUGGAGCAGCAAAGAGUACCGAAGGGGCUUGGGCGCACCUCAAAGGUCGGGUGGAGGACGUCCGACGAGGAGAAUCUGCGCUGGACGAACGCGUCUUCCUCACUUGGGUCGAAGCCUCUGCCUCCGCCUCCGCCUCCGCCUCCGCCUUCGCCUCUGCCUCCACCUCUACUACUGGCAGAUCAGAGCAAGAGCGACCCAAGGUAAAAGACUAUCACCUCGUGGCCAUGACGACGCGCGGUGCGUGGUAUCGUAUCGCGUUGCGUCAUUCUGACGCCGUAUCAGCCGCAGCGCAGGGUCAUGCAGAUGAAGGGUCGUGGAGCGGUGCAAAGGCAAGUACGGUGUUGGACAUGUACAAGGAGUCUUCUUCCACGGCUACGCAGCCGCAGUCGCAGUCGCAGCGUCGGAGCGUUCCUGCGGCGAGUGCUACGCUAGAGGAGUAUCGCACUUUUGGUGGGGCCAUGAGUGGGGGGAAUGACGAUGAGCAGGGAGCUAGCUGGUGAAUGAAGGAGGAGGUAAUGGGGCUGAUACUCGGUGGGAGGGGGAAGCGCUUCAAGGGGAGAGAGAGAAAGGGGACGUUAUGUGCUUGACACGAUCCUGUAAUUCCUGUACGUAUUAAGACGAUUGCUGAC